AUGGAGUUCAAGUACUCUACCGUGAUCGAUCCCACCACGUACGAAACACACGGGUUGUGUGAUGGGAUCGAUCUCAGAUGUCAUGAGAGUCCUGAGCUGGAGGAGAUUGAGACAUUGAGAUGUCAAGAGAACUGGCGGGAAUGGGUUGGUCCACUCGGGUUCUACAAGGGUGGUUUGGGGCCACGAUGGAAUUUCAUGGCCAUCACCGUUCCAGAGUGCUUGCCUGAGCGGCUCGGUGUGCUGGGAUAUGCCAACGAGCUUGCCUUCCUACAUGAUGACGUCACAGAUGUGGCCGACUAUGGAGACAUACAUAACGAUGAUUUGAAAGCUGCCUUUGAAGAAGCCGCCAGUACUGGACGCAUUGAAGGGUCUACCUCUGGAAAACGCGCGAUUCAAGCCCACAUCGCAAACGAGAUGAUGAAAAUCCACAAACAGCAUGCAAUUACGACGCUGGAAGCGUGGGCCAAAUUUGCAGAGCUUGGGUCAGGACGCCAGCACACCACCCACUUCAGAACAGAGAAAGAGUAUAUUGAGUACCGCAUGAUCGAUAUUGGCACGAUGUUCUGGUAUGGCAUGGUCACGUUUGGGAUGGGUAUUAGCAUUCCCGAAGAAGAACUGGAGAUGUGCCACGAGUUGGCGAACAUUGCCUAUUUGAAUUUGGGCCUCACAAAUGACCUCUACUCCUGGCAGAAAGAAUAUGAGACUGCAGUGGCCAUGGGUCGCGACUACGUUGCCAAUAUAAUUGGCGUUCUCAUGGAGGAGCGUAAGGUCUCCGAGGAAGAGGCCAAAGAGAUCUGCCGGGAAAAGAUCAAAGUGACCAUCGUCGACUUUCGCAAGAUUGUUGCUGAUACCAAGGUUCGAGAUGACGUAUCCGUGGACACGAAGCGGUAUCUAGAAGGUCUGCUGUACAGUCUGAGUGGAAAUCUGGUUUGGAGUAUCGACUGCCCCAGAUACCAUCGGUGGUCUUCGUACAACGAGCGCCAGCUUGACUGGAUGAAGAACGGAAUUCCCAACAGCCCCCAAGACCUUCCAAAAUCCAAUGGGGUGUCCAAUGGGCUGGCCAAUGGUACGGAAAAGAUUCACUCCAAUGGAGAUGUGAAUGGCAAUGGUGCUGUCCAUCUUCCAGCUACCAAUGGCGUCACGAACGGGAAUGGUGCCACUCAUACCUCAAUGUCCAAUGGUACCAAUGGUACCAAUGGUACCACAGGCCUGAAAGAUCCAUUCAGCCUGGAUGCCGACACUGACUUGGUCAACGUUUUUGCACGGAAGGAAUACAAAGCUGUCAGUGCCCCGAAGCUGCAUGAGGGAGAAGGAUAUCCCUCAGCGCCCAAGUUAGGCCUGAAUGGUGAUGUUACUACCCAGCAAAGCCCGGAGAUUGAAACCAAGGUGAUCCAAGCCCCUUACGACUAUAUUAGCUCUCUGCCAUCAAAAGGAGUCAGAGAUCAAGCGAUUGACGCUUUGAAUGUCUGGUUAGAUGAUAUGGAAGAUGGCUCAACUCUGCGGCGCGGAAAAUCAUCAACACACACGAUCUUCGGAGCUGGCCAGACCGUGAAUGCGGCCAACUACCAGAUCAUUCGUGCCCUGGAAGAGGUACAGAAGCUUGGGGACAAAGAAAGCGUGCUGAUAUUCACUGAGGAAUUGAAGAACCUCUAUAUCGGUCAGAGCUUGGAUCUACAUUGGACCAACAAUCUGAUCUGUCCGACGGUUGAUGAAUACUUCCGUAUGGUGGAGCACAAAACCGGUGGGCUGUUCCGACUCUUCGGUCGCCUCCUAUCACUCCACUCGACCAACCCGGUCAAGGCCGAUCUAACCGGUCUUCUGGAUAAUUUUGGACGGUACUUUCAAACGCGUGAUGAUUACUCCAACCUCACGUCUCCCGAGUACACAAAGCAAAAGGGGUUCUGUGAGGACCUGGAUGAGGGAAAAUUCUCGCUUCCGGUCAUCCAUAUGAUGCUUUCCGCUCCAUCCAACACUGUGAUCCGCAAUAUCUGGACUCGACGGUUGGUCAACAACCAGGCCAGUCUGGCGCAUAAGCAGGCUAUCCUGGAGCUGCUGAAGAAAUGGGGAAGCCUACAGUUUACAGAAGACGCGUUGGACGUUUUACACGCCCAGGUACAGAAGAGCAUUUCCGACCUCGAGGACAAGUUCGGGGCCCAGAACUUCCAGUUGAGACUAAUCGUGGAGAUGCUGCGGAAGAAUUAG